AUGGCGGGAACAGUAGCAGUGAGAUCAACAAACUCAAUAAGUGACGAGUGGGAGAUUUGCUUCGCAUGCUUCAUCCCUUUCCCUCAUUCCAUCACUUCUCCAUCUUCCUCCUCCGGUCUUCAUCCUCUCCCUCCUCGCCUCCGUAAUCAUCCUCCUCGCGGCACCUGGAUCUCAUCUUCCACCUCCACUUUUCUCCGAUUCUCCCCCGAUCUAUCGUUUUCCGAUGUCAUUUUCACUGUCUCCAUCAACGGCAAACUAUUCGAAGAGCAUUACGUUUCGAAACUGCAUUUUUCGUGGCCUCAAGUAUCGUGUGAUCUUGGAUUUCCUGCAAGGGGAAUUAGAACUGUGCUGGUUAGUUACAGAGAUUCCCGUGGCGAGAUUCAAAAGUUUGCAAUGCGGUUCCCAUCAAUCUAUGAAACACAAUUCAUCAGUGCUUUGAAGAAAUUUCGUCUCAAUCAGAAUUUAUGUCAACAAACAAGAACCCUUACAGCUUGUUGUGUUUGUGCUUGUAGAGCUUCUAAGGAACCAAGUUUUAUGACUCAAGCUGACACUUACAUUCCACAAAUGCCACUAUGUAUAAAUAAUGAAGGAGAGGGACCUUCAGGAACCCAAAAAAAGGAAAUAACUCCUGCUCACAACUUUGACUUUGAAAGCAUCGGCUUGCCACCCAGUUUUGCCACAUUCCUGAUGGAUUGCUCUGGGGUCAACCAUGCUCAACCACCAACUGUUAAUGAGGAGAAUGAUCUGAAGUCCCAAAUUGUGAGAUACAUGGAAGAUUCUUCUUUCCAAGAUAUGUUGGUCAAGGUGGAGAAAGUUAUCAGCGAAAUGGGGGGUGAUAUGUGCCUAUAGUAGUCCAGGGCAUUGAAAAUGACACCUAGCUGCAGCUUAGCAUCUCUUCGUGCUUACUGAACAAUGGUGACGUUCCACGUUCUUCCCAAAUUUUGAGCGGCUUUCUAUUGAUUCUUCAACUCUUUCUUAAUAUCAGACUGUUCAAUCCAUGGUGAAACAUCGUCUUU